AUGAGGUACAGCCAGGCAUCCUGCCAGAGAGUGGCUACCAAGGAUCCCACAGUGAUUCCCAGCUGUCGUGCUGGGGACAUGGCACAAUGGUGGGACCUGGCACCUGCACAGCCUGCACAGGUGAUCCAGCCCCAACAUCUGGCUCCAAACGGGCAUCUGGAGAAGUGUUGGGAAAAAAGAGGCCUUCUUCAGGAGUUGGGUGCCUUUCACAGCACCAUAGUUUUCCUGCACCUAGCAUUUGGCGGUUACCUGCUCUCCACUGUCAAGAAUCUGCACCUGGUGGUGCUGAAGUGUUGGUAUCCAUUCUGGGGAGCUGCCUCUUUUCUCAUUUCAGGAAUCUUGGCACUAACAACAAUAUUUCCCAAGUCCUCUAUGAAGGUGCUGUGUGUGAUGGCAAACCUCAUCAGCUUCUUCUGUGCCCUGGCUGGCCUCUUUGUCAUUGCCAAGGACCUCUUUCUAGAGAGUCCUUUUCCAUGGACAAUCUGGAGUCCAUACCCCCAUCCCACAGCCUAUAUCCAGAGGCUGGAGUUGGCCCUGCUCUGCUUUACCUUCCUGGAGAUCUUCCUGCUGGGCACCACGGCCAUCAUAGCCUGUAGGAUGAACGACCUGAGUGCAGAGGACAAAGAUGACACCCCUCUUGUUCCUGACACACCAUUGGAACUUGGAGGUCUGUCGCUGGCGCCGCCACCAUCCUAUGCAGAUGUGACUCAAGGUAAAGACUGAGUUUCUACAGUGCCAAACCUGGGGCAUCUCACCAUGGACAAGCCCAGGCAUGCACUAUCACCA